AUGGACUCCAUAUCAGUAUUCGAGACAUUCACUGGGGUCUGGGUCGUCCGCUCAGGACUAUGUGUGUCGCAUGACUCCCAUUGGUGGUCAUCAUCGCCAUCGCCAAGAGCUUCGUAUAUCUCCUCUUGCGAAACUGGUGCUAACAGGCGACUGACACCUUUGGCGACUUUGGAAUUGCGCCAUAUCGAUGUCUUCCAAGUGCCCAGUAGCCAUGUACAGCACCAUGGACUACCAUCGUCUUCUCGGCGAUAUAGCUCGGACGCUAGCCUGGUGCUGGUUGGGUUUCCUGGGGCGGGCAAGAAAACCCUAGGCAUCAUGGCCGCUGUGGCGUUGCGUCGACGGCUUGUUGACUUUGUCGCUGUUUUUCAGCAAAGGCACGGCAUGCACCCUCAAGCUUAUAUUGUCUCACAUGGCUCGGAACGAUAUCGCAAACUCGAGCUAGAAGUGACCGAGGAGAUAUUAACAGAGCAUCGAAAAGGAUGCGUGAUUGUUGGACUCGGCUGGCUGGCAAGCAGACAACAGCAGGUACUGUUGGAAGAGUUCGCCUCUUGUCAUCCAGUUCUCUACAUCCGACGCGACCGAAGGGAUCUACAGCAGCUUAUCGCGACUAGCCAGGACAAGUUUGAGCGCAUGUGGGACGCUGGAAAUUCGUUCUUUGAAUCGUGUUCCAACCUGGAAUUCUACAACGUUACAGAAGGUUCGACUGACGAGGCUCGCUCCGCACUACCUGCGUAUUUAAAGUUGAAAGAGACGGAAAGGACGUUCGUAAGGUUCCUGCAUCGCAUCUGGGGCCGUGAACACCUGACUCGUUAUUCGGCAGAUCCAUUAUCUGCGUCGUAUACGUAUGCUUUGCAGGUACCAAUGGCUUGCCUAGAGGGACCACUCGAAAGUUACGAGGAACUCGAGAAUGGGGCGGAUGCAAUAAACUUGAAAGUUGAGCUUUCUGAAUUCCACGGCAGAAGGCCAUCCGAGUCAAUGGCAAGGGCGGUAGCCAUGCUUAGGAGGCACUCGCGGGCCCUGGUGAUCGUAGAUAUCAUUCCGUCCUCGGUACCGGAUAUAUUGAGCUAUCGCAAGCUCCUAGGGAUGGCCUUACGGACCAUACCAGAUGCUAUCACUUGCUCCAUGGCGCAUGGAGAUGACCUGGCGCAGGAGGUAGCUGCAGCCAAGGGUUACAUUAAGGCUAUAGCAACGUAUCAUCAAGAAUAUUCUCUGGCGAGGAAUGAGACACGUCCAGAGCUUUUUACCUUCCGCCAGAAAGCACAAAGUAUUGGUUUCGACGCAAUCCAUAUAACCGGCGAAUCAACAGCACCCGGAGACAGUCUUCACGGUAUAUCCUUUCCGCACACUCUCGCCAAAGACUCUCUCAUACCUACCAUCGCAUACGACACGGGACUCUUUGGACGCACUUCUGUGUGCUUAAAUCCAAUCUUGUCACCGGUAGUGCUCGAAAGCAUGAAGCCGACAGGUGUUACCUUGCGGGAAGCAGAGAUGGCCGUGUCAGCAUGCUUUCUUCGUCGCAGGAAAAGAUUCGGCAUUUUUGGGCAACAAUUAUCGCACACUCUGUCACCUGCGAUGCACAAUGCUGCAUACGCCGCAUGUGGAUUACCAUAUACGUAUGGCAUAGCAGAGAGAGAAAGGCUAUCUGACAUUCGCGAAAUCUUAGAUGACGAGAGCUAUGGAGGCGUGGCGGUGUCACUUCCCUACAAAACUGAAGUUCUGCCCUACCUGGACGAGAUAAGCCCAGAAGCUCUUGACAUCAACGCGGUAAAUACGGUGGUACUGCAUCAGGAGUGCCAACCGAAUGGAGUACGCAAAACUAUUCGCAAGGGCUACAACACUGACUAUCUUGGGAUCAAGGAUUGCAUCUAUAAACACCUUUCCCCAGCAAAUGCUAUCCGUGACGGAUCAACUGCGCUGAUAAUCGGUGCAGGAGGCAUGGCCCAUGCUGCGAUAUACGCAUGUUACCAGCUUGGUGUAAGGCGGAUAUGUGUCUAUAAUCGAACCCUUUCCAAUGCCCGACGACUUGUCGACUACUAUCGCGAAUGGGUGAAAUCAAAGGAUAAGGCCCCUUUAGAGCUCACCAUACUCUCAUCAGCGGAUGAUCCGUGGCCGGCUCACCUUCGCCAACCCACAGUUAUUGUGUCGUGUAUUCCCGGGCAGAAGUGUGACAUCGAGUCAUCGAGUGCUUUGAACAUUCCUGACCACUGGUUACAAAGCAGAACUGGCGGGGUCUUUGUUGAGGUCGCCUACGAUCCCUUAGAAACGCGCCUCAUAAGAUCGAUGAGACAACAUGUAUCACGAGGCUGGAUCAUUGUUGAUGGCCUGUCGGUCUUAGUCGAGCAGGGUAUUGCGCAGUAUGAGCUCUUUACAACACGACCGGCUCCAGUGCAUGUCAUGAGACGUGCCAUUCAGCAGUCUAUUUUAGAGAGGACUGUUUGA